AGGAGAGAAACAAAGGCACAGAAACAAAGUCGGGUCAAAAAUCAGCCUGAGAGAAGGGUGAAAGGCAGACUGUGACCCAUCAAUCUAAAAGGUUUCCAAAUGACAGAUCACUCAGCGUUCUUCUUUUUGCAUUUUCUUCUAUGCCAUCUUCACCCAUCCCUUUCGAUUUCACAUUGUGAGUUCGUGGAGAAUAAGGCAGUGCAGUGGGCUAAAAUCAAUCGUCCUCUACAAUAUCUAUACCUGAAUAACUGUAAAGUGGAAAAAAUAGAGUAUAACAGCAAGAAUCUGCUGGGUCUGACGUUACUCAACUUGUCUUCUAAUCAAAUAAAGACUUUACCUGAUAACUUCCUCUCUAAUACCCCCCUAGAGGUAAAACUCUACUUGAAACACAAUCAGCUAAGUCAUCUUCCAUCUUCAAUUCUGCAAAACAAGAAACUGAAAAUAUGUAGCUUGGAUUGCAUCUUUAUGAAAAACUAUAGUAAUAGCUUCUCUGAAGACAUUUUUGAAGAAUGUAGAAGUGGGUCAGCACUUUUGCCUGUCAUUGUGACUCUCCUGCUUGCAAUUCUAGUCCUCUGUGCCCUGGGUUUGGCCUGGUAUUGGAAACGCUACAGCUACACAAAUAAUUUUGCCCUACCAAAAUUUUUGCACAAGAAAAGGGGUCAGAAAGACUCUGAUCCACUGCAUACACCAUGUACCCCCUCUGAAUACACUGGUUCACAGUGCUUUCCACCAUGCCAAAUAAAAGAUGGGCCCUCUCCUCUAUUCAGAAAUGACACAGAGCAGAGCUACGAAAAUGUGGAAACUGGCCCUGUGAACUGUGCGGAGGAACGUUCUACAGAUCUUUAUGAAAAUACGGCCCAAUUUAAUUCUGAGGAGCAUUUAUAUGGAAAUGAAUCUUCAACUGAAUAUUAUAAUUUCCAGAAACCUCAUUGUCUCAAUACUCUUCCAGAUGAAAAUAUAUAUAUUCUUCCAGAUUAA